AUGGAUGGUGGGAAAAACAAAAAAAAGGAACAAACCCCAUCGGUCGCAUCAAUGUUCCGCAAGCUGGGAUCCACACAGAGGCCUAGUAACUCCCAGCGUACGGAGGAUGAAGAAUCUGACCCAGACAACUGUGCCCAAACACCGGAUCCCAAAGCCCCACUUACCAUUGGCAUCCUGAGAGGGAUGUUACACGAAGCCACAGCCGAUAUUAAAACUCAUGUGGCGUCCGAAAUAAAUAAACAACUAGCAGGCCUCAAAGCGGACGUGACCGCACUUUCCUCCUGGGCUGACCAAACCGAAAUUCGCAUAUCCACGCUCGCAACAACUACAGCAGCUCGUACCCAAGAUAUAGCCUACUUUCAUGGCCGGAUGACUGCACUGGAGGACAGCCUCGAGGAUCUCAACAACAGAUCCAGGAGGAACAAUAUCUAG